AUGGCCCGUUUGCCCGAAGGGGCGCCGCCGCCGGGGCUGUUGGCCACAAUUGCCCGCCUGCAGCACUUGAAGCGAAGAGGCAUUACUGUGAACGCCAAUAUAGACACUUCUCUAGAUUUCAAAAACCCUUAUUUGUUAGAAGUGAGUUUUGAGUUUUCAUUUAAUUUAAUUUCAUUUAUUCUCUCAAUUCAAUUUCAUGUCACUUUUGUUUAUUUCAUUUCAUUUAUUUUGUUCAAUUUCAUCUUUUCGUUUUUUCCUUUUCCAAAAUGUUCCACUUGGGGCUGGCGGGAACUUUUCUUUUUUGUUUUUUAUUUUCAUUAUUUUCCUUUUUAUCUUUUCUUCUUUUUCACCAUUUAA